UAAUCUUUUUAGCAUCCAUUCAUUCCAUCAACACUCCGUGUGUAGUCUGGAUACAAUGCGUGUCCCUUUUUUCGAGACCCACUCCUUGGCACAAUAAGUUUUGCAUGAUUUUUCUUCAAUGUUUCUUUUUUUUUUUCUUCUAACGCUCCUACUUUUUUUUCCUUUUUCAUGUUUUCCAGUGUGUAAGAACUCUGCCGAUAGGAUGUGUCAAUUACACAAUUCCCUAAUUUGUUUCUCAUUCCUUUAUAGCUAAUAAUUAUCUUUGCUCUGGUUUUACCUGAUUUCGAUUUCAGUUCCAUUAGUAUUUGUAUUUUAGGAACCCCAUUUAGGAACCGUCAUUCGUUCUCAUUCCUCUAUAGCUAACAAUUACCUCGUUCUAAUCUUACAUCAUUCUGAUUCCGGUUCCAUUAGUUUAUUUCAAGAACCCCAUUUCCGGCAUCUCCCUCAUUCAUCUGCAGUCGCCGGGCACGUCACGGCGGCGCUGACCACCUCCUGCCGCAGUGAAAGUUCCCUUUGGCGUGAUGAUGGUGAUUCUUGCGGCGAUAACGGCGAAGUGCAGCGGCGCCCAAAACCCCUACAGCUACCCACCGAUGCCGUACGAAUUCCGCUACGGUGUUCAGGACAAGUACAAGGGCAACGACUUCGGUCACGAGGAACAAAGCAACGGCAACUCGGUGACGGGGCGCUACUACGUGCUGUUGCCUGACGGGCGGCGGCAGGUCGUCUCCUACACGGCGGACCACCAGCGGGGCUACAUCGCCACCAUCACCUACGAGAAUCCGGGUGGCAGCACACACGCAUCCGGCGGGAACAGAUACGGGUAACUCUGUUUGGUGUGUCGUCUGACUUUGACUGACUGGCCUUUGUAUUUAUGUAUUUUAGGAAUUUUUUUUUACCAAGGGAGUGUUGACUAGUCCAUUUUUUGUUUUGUUUUUUACGUGUGAAGUCAGUUUAGGGGAGCGUAAGAAAGGCGCUGCAGGUGGCGUCAUUUAGGAAAACAUUAUUGUAUUGCUUCAGGAAUUUUUAUUCCAUUUGUUGUCAAAUUUUCAGCUUCACUGAGGUGAAGAGCUGACGUGAUGUAAGUGCGGGCCAUGAUGAAGGUGCCGCCCCUGCACACUCGUACGUGUUUGUUUUAACUGUAGUCUGAUGAAUCAGUUGAGCCCAUUAAUUACUUCAUGAGUAAAUUAAAGGUCAUUAAAAUUAUUUUUUGCUUAAAAUGCUAAUUGAAGUUUAUUCAAAGUUUGGUAAUAUUGCUUCGUUUCAAUGUUGGUUGUUCGUGUUCCUGGUGGUAGCGACGCCUUCCUGCUUGUUGGACUCUGCAAGGUUGGCAGCGGCAUACCAUGCAAUGUUGUGGCCAGUGUGAGGGUUCCUUAUAUGCACUGAGUUUUUAUUCGGCAUCAUAUUACUUUAAACUACUAAAUAUUGCUAAUUACUAGAAAGUUAUUUAGUAAGUCAACUUGGACCUGAGAUGUGCUUCAAGGAGUUCGGACUGUCAGUUGUGUGGUCUUAGCGGCAAGAGUGUUUGUUGCUGCCACAAGAAUAUGGAUGCUCACCUCGUCAUUUUGUUGUUGUUAACUUGUUUCAAGGAUGAGAAAUAUGUCUUAUAGGCCAUCACUUGCAAACAGAAACUGAUAAAUACUAAAAAAAAAAAAAAAAAACCCUCAUGAGACACUUUAAUGAGAGCAGUGAAUUUUGCUUUAUUUUAUGUUUCCAAAUAUAUAUAUAUAUAUAUAUAUAUAUAUAUAUAUAUAUAUAUAUAUAUAUAUAUAUAUAUAUAUAUAUAUAUAUAUAUAUAUAUAUAUAUAUAUGUAAGAGGGGAAAACUUUUAUACGGUCAGUCCGCUUGGGUGCAAUUGUUGCAUGGUGCAAAUCUAGUAAUCUAGUCCCUUUAAUGAUCGAGACGGAGGCUCAUCGCGGAGAAAAAUAAUGUAACUAUGAAUGGAAGUCAGUCAACCUGUCCACUGUUUAUACAUGAUGUAAGAUACCUAGUCAUUUGUUGUAAAUAAUUAAAAUAAGUUGCGUUUUGCUUUUCGCUGUUUAAGCAAAAACAUGUUCGUGACGAAGCCAGAACUAUGUAGUGAUGAUGUGAUGUCUACAGGACAGGAUAUUGAGUUGUCCGAAUAGAUAAAUACAUCUAAAA